UGUUUUUGGGCAGAAUAUUCAGCAGAUAUGUUGGUAGCUUGGUAAUUCCGGGUGGCAAUUUUUGUCAAGAACGCUUUACUAUUGUAUUCGUGUUUUUUCCUCCAGUGCACAUGUGAAACUUGCAGAUGUAUUAAGCGGUGUUGUGUUUAGUCGAUGGACACAAACAAAUCCCCCAUGCCUUCUUAGAACGCUGCGAUUUAAUUUUGCGGUUCGGAAACAACCAUGAAAUUGGAGUUCACGGUUGUCAGCUAAAGUAUGGCCCAGUUUUCACUUCCUCCAACGCCGUCCAUCAACCUCUUCGUGAAUCAUUAGUUUCAGUCCAUUUUGACGUGACACCAUUUCAUUUUAUUUAUUGAAACGCACGUUUGCCAGCGUCAACUAGGAAGGAGUGAGCAAAGGACGAAGGCCAGCUUUAGCACAAUUGAAGCAGGCUUUCUGGAAUUCAGACAGAGUUUUCAAUAAGUGCCGAAUUUUAAUGUCACAAUCAUGUCGUCGAAGUCUGUAAAGGCUGUCCGGAAGCUCGAACGACCUCGACCGUUACGGCUUGGGUCAGAGCAAGACAAAGCUCCUAUCGCACUGUUGAGUCCCGCAGAUGGUGUGCUACACCUGAAUGACUCGUCAGAUGAGCAGGUUCUAGGCGAGCUGGAAAACUUGCACGUAUCUGUAAAUAAUGGAAACUACAACAGUGCACUGCUGUCACAAAUUGCGCUGGUGUGCAAUUUACUGAAGGCCAAAGGUUCUGGAAUUGAGAACAGCUUUCCAGACCAACUAGAUUGCUACUUUGUGACCCUGCGCAACGCCUGUCGCGAUGAGCGCUUACCACCUCAGGGACGCCUCAGGCUUCUUGAAGUUAUUGAGCUUCGCUCCAUGGGCUGGAAAACCAAUGAAAAUCUUAAUGACUACUACAGAAGAAAGAUUCAAGAAAUGGAGAACUAUGAAUACAAUCCAUUAUGCAACUCAUCGUCAGUACACCAGAUGCCUGUAGUACCAUCUGCCUCUCCGCCACUAUCCUUGCAACCCACCGAGGUUAUAAAAAGCUCUGGAAAAUUUGGAAAGCCUGCAAAGAUUCCUGGACGAAAUUUCCUAAAGGAUGAAGUGGUUAUCAGAAAUGCAGAUUCUGGAAAAGUGAUGGGCAUCAAGGGUCGACGUGUUCACAUGAUAGAAGAGCUGAGUGACACCGUCAUCUCCUUCCAGCGAGUCAAUCCCGGUGCCCAAAACCGAGCAGUUCAGAUCACUGGGCCAAGUGAAGAAAAUAUCUCACAUGCCAAAGUACUUAUUGAAGACACAAUCAGGAGGAAUGCCUCACCAGUUCGGGAUGUCAUGGAAGAGCCCAUGUCCGGCUACAGCAGUGCAGCUAAGGAAUCGUCAUUGAGUCAGAAGAGGUCCCUAGUGCACAGCUACAGUACGGGUGAUGCUACAUCCCUUGGUGAAUAUACGGCCACCAUCCUUCUGGGCAAAGAUCUGCUCAAGCUCAGCAGUCCCAAAGAGGCCCUCAUAAGGACUGCUCAGGUCGUUUUGGAAAGGCACUUUGCUGACAAGGAGUCUCUGUCUUUGCUGAUGAGGACACCGUAUGGCCAACUCGAGGAGAAAACUCUCAGCAGUCGUGGUGAUCUCAGCCGAGAACUUCCAUCAUGGCAAGGACUGAAUAAUCAAGCCAUGCAGCAGUGGAAUGGACCUCUCAGCAGUCCUACUAGUUCUUCUAGCGAUGAUGAAACCUUUCGUGAUGAGCAUGAUGGCUUCAGUUCGGGACGUAGAAAUAUGGCUGCAGCUCCUAAGCCACUGAUGAAGUCAAACAGCAUUGCCAAGAACCUUCCAGUCCAACUUGGCUCGUCAAAUGGCCCAUACUCUCUUGGAUCACAGCAGAUUGCAGGGAAAGUGCUGGAAACUUCGAGCAGACCGGCUGAUGUGCCAGUUAAGAAUCAGCUGCCAAAACAAGUGAGUAGCAUCCCUGCAGCACAGCCCUGUACUGAGGUCCCAGAGAAACUGCCCCAGGGUAAUUCUAAGCUUAGGAGCUACUCGAGAGACUUUCUCCUGGCCUGUGCACGGUCGCGCCUCUCAAAUCUGUUGCCUCCUGACUUUCCUACCCUGGAUCCAGAGGUGGCAAAUAUAAUCGUUCGAAAGAAUCCCACCAUGUUUGAUCCAGAUGGAUUUAAACAGCGGAUGAUGCGGCAGGGAUCAGUGUCGGAGUUUGUGUCCGCAGUGUCUCCAAGUUCCUUGACCCCACCCCAAUCUGAGCUGUCAGAAGCUGAUGAGAACAACACGGCGUGAUAGUCAAGAAAGAAGAAAAUGUUGUUCCUCUGUUGUUUUUUUAUGUUGCCUUUUUGGGGAUGUUUCUUUUGGCAAAUAUGUAAACCUGGUGUGCGUUUUGUGAUAUUGACUCAGUGUUUUUGACUGUUUUGUUUUGUGUUGUCUUCAUAUUUUUAUGAGGCAGCUAGCUUAAUGAAGCUUGUACUGCAAGAAGUGCAUGCUUCGAUGGUGCAGUUCCUGAGUGUACGCAAUCUCAUGCAGAGCUAUAAAACAAUUUACCGAGAAGACUACCAAAGCCUUGUAAAUUCAACCAUUUACAAUACUCUUUUUAGUUUGUGUGUCGAGACAUACUGUGGAACAUGUCUGGUCUGGUAUGUGCAAUUUUAAGUAGGUUUAAGACUUAUCCAAGGUACAAAUAAACUGGCCUAACUGACGCAGUGCAAUAGAGACAUAUGUGUCACACCAAUUAAUAUGCACGCAAUAAUACUUUUAUAUUCAGUUUCUUUCUGGAGGUAUAAUCGUGAAUGUUAUGAGUCAGCAAAAGUCUCCACAUGCUGAAGUCACAUAGUAAGCUUACUUUAGAAACAAAAUCCUUUUUUACACUUGUGUGUUUGGAACUUUGUACUGUAGAGACUAGUAGGUAUGUGGUGCUUACUGAAAAUUAGCAUAACACACAGGGUCAGGGAAAAUUUCUAAUUGAGCUGAAUGGCAUUUAUGUAUGAGAUGUUUCACAGCAUCGUGGAUUGAAAAUGUAACUACAAAAUGGUAAAUUUCACAUCCAUGUGUAGAAUUUUGUAGAGGUGCAUAUAAACAUUGAAGACAUACAGGAUUUUACUAUUUGCUACUUAGUUUGACGACUUGAAAUGCCAAAUAAAGUAUGCUACAAUAACAA